AUGCCGGACCAACUAUUUCCACGACCGUAUCUACCAAGAUUGCCCAGCGGCUCCAUACCCGUCCUGCAACGUAUCAGUAGCGACAAUACUGUCAACUCACGGCCUCAAAACAUCCCGAAUCCGGCUUCUCAAUGGCAUCACUACCCAUAUCCACCAUCUCCACAGCCUGUAUUUCAUGACGUCAGGCAGCAAGAAAAUAUCCCACCCCAAGCUACAGGUCACCCCCACUCGGCGCGCCAAUACGUGAUAUACAGCCCUGAUGGACGACCACAGAGCAGGGAAACAAUAUCACCAGAGGGAGCGCACGUAACGCUGUUCGAGCAGUUGCAGGCAAGGUCAGAGACAAUAACUCCCACAACAAAUCCGCCAGAUCUGAAUACGACACACCGUGAGAUCGAACAAAAUGCAAGGACGGACGGCAGUGCUCUGAGGCAAUUGGGCGUCCCAGACCCUCGGCCAGCUAUAGGCACGGGAUUAAUGGAUAAUUCAACGUAUACUUCACUCGCUCAUAUACCGCACCAGUCUCGAAGUUUCCAGCCAGGUACACCUAGUACAAACCACGCAGAUAUUAUGAGCGGCACUCCACAAGUCAUCAUGAGCGCAUACAAUCGAGCUCUCGCUCUUGCGCGACAUAUAGGAUCACGUCAAGCUGUGGACCUCAUCGAAAUAUACUCACGUUUGGAUACAAGUUCUUUCGGACCCGCACAGCUCCAAUACUUGAACGCAUUGUUCCGUAGGCUGGUCCUUAAUGCUCAAGCACUUGAGGAGACGGCAAUCUCAAGAGCACACUCUUUCGGAGGAUUGGAGAGUGGGCAGUCUACUGAGCGCAUUGUACAGCCCUUUAGUCAUGCACCAGAACCAUCGUCAUCAUCGCCAAUGUCAUUAGACGAUCGAGACGAAGGAUACAGCUCCGCAGGACGUUUCGAAUUAGACGAGUACGACCGUGAAACCGCAAGGAAAGAGCCUGCUGAAAUUGACGGCAUGGCUGUGCUAUGA